GACGCGACGCCGGACGGCGGCUCCAGUUCCCAGCAGGAGACGUGUUAGCAUUAGCCUGUUAGCUACCUGCUGGGAACUGGGACAGGAAGUGACCGCAGCCGGGAUCUCAGGGAAAACCCAAUCAAACGUGUUUUUAUUACAAUGUCACGGAGCGUCGAGUCCUCCGGUUCUGACUCGACCGUCACUGAGGUGCUGGCCCCGGGGCCGGAGCCCGAGAGGCGGCGAGACCCUGGAGCUGCUUCGGUUCGGAGCAGAAACCUCCGCAGCAAUUAGACCUUCCGGUUCUGGUGGAAAACGAUUCAAACGUCACGUGACAGAAUCGAGCUCGACCCAGUUCGUCUGGUCCGACAUUGACCGGAGAGCCGACUCUGCACCGGGAGCAGCUGCUGCUCGUUCCCCGGAGCAGCCUCACUCCUGUGGGCCUCCUCUCCCUCCUGGGCCCGGGGCGUGCAGCAGAUGGGUGCGGUUCUCCUGACACAGGUCCCCGGCUCACGGGUCCGAGCUGGGCCCGGUCAGGAGGAGGCUGCUCCGGGGACACGUCUCCUGACGCAUCGUGCCGAGUCAGGAUCCAGCGUCAGCACAGGAAGCUUGUUGAGAUCUGGAGAAGAUCCAGAAUCCGACCAGAACCCGCCGAGUCCCUGUUCAGAUCCUGUUUCUAACAGUCUUUCUAAAGUCUCGUUGACCUCUAGAGACCAAGAUGUCCCUGUUGUCCAGGAAGAAAUCCUCCAAUCAAAGGUUCAGCAGAUUAAACAAAUAAUGAAACUCAGCAGAAAACACCAAGAACCAACAGUCUCCGUACGAAACCACGUUUAAAAACACAAUUCAAUCCAAACCACUUGUGUACUUUCUGCGUCCUCCUGCUACAAACACGCAGGUCGGACCCAACCCGUCAUUUGAGGCUGUUUUCAGUGUUUCCACAGCACCUGGUCGUGCACGGAGGUUAUUCCGGGUCACAUCUGUAACAGCUGUCAGGAUCUGUAACAGCUGUGACGUUGGAGUGACGCAGCCUCGCCGAAGAUGUGGAAGGCCUCAGCAGGACAGACGGUCAACGUGCCGCUCGACGACGGAGGCGAAGACUGGGAGACCGACCCUGACUUUGAGAAUGACGUGUCGGAGAAGGAGCAGCGCUGGGGGGCCAAGACGGUGGCCGGCUCAGGACACCAGGAGCACAUCGAUAUCCACCAGCUGCGUGAGACGGUGUCGACGGAACACACCAGCUUGAAGCAGAAGGAGCUGGAGACCAUGCCCAAGGCCUCGCACGGGUACGGGGGGAAGUUCGGAGUGCAGCAGGACCGCAUGGACAAGUCUGCUGUGGGUCACGACUACCAGAGCAAGUUGUCCAAACACUGCUCCCAGACGGACACGUCCAAGGGCUUUGGGGGGAAGUUUGGAGUUCUAGACGACCGCGUGGACAAGUCUGCUGUCGGGUUCGAGUACGCCGGGAAGACGGAGAAACACGCCUCGCAGAAAGACUACUCCACUGGGUUUGGGGGGCGAUACGGCGUGCAGUCGGAUCGUGUCGACCAGAGCGCGAUGGGCUUCGAUUACCAGGGAAAAACAGAGAAACACGAGUCCCAGAAAGACUAUACGAAGGGCUUCGGAGGAAAGUUUGGCAUCGAGACCGACAAGGUGGACAAAAGCGCCAUGGGCUUCGAGUACCAGGGCAAAACGGAGAAGCACGAGUCGCAGAAAGAUUAUGUGAAGGGCUUUGGGGGGAAGUUUGGUGUCCAGACAGACAGACAAGAUAAGUCCGCUCUGGGAUGGGACCAUCAGGAGAAACUACAGCUCCACGAGUCUCAGAAAGACUAUAAGCGUGGGUUUGGAGGGCACUAUGGGGUAGAGGAGAGGCGGGACCAGUGUGCCCUCGGCUAUGAGCACAAGGAGAGCCUGGCCAAGCACGAGUCCCAGAAAGAUUACUCAAAAGGAUUUGGAGGGAAGUUUGGUGUCCAGAACGACCGCAUGGACAAGAGCGCAGGGACGUUUGAGGACGUGGAGAAGCCGACAUCAGCUUAUCAGAAAACCAAACCUGUGGAGGCUGUCGGCAGCGGCACAGGAAGCAUCAAGGCUCGCUUCGAGAACAUCGCCAAGCAGAAGGAGGAGGAGGACAGGAAGAGGACGGAGGAGGAGCGAGCGCGUCGACAGGCCAAAGAGAAGCAGGAGCAGGAGGAGGCGCGCCGUAAAAUCCAAGAGACGCCCAAAGCUCCGUCUCCUGCGCCUGCUGCGAGUCCCAGCCCCACCCCCAGCCCAACCCCACCCGUCCAGCCCACUGCAGCACCGGCACAACACGUCGCAGAGGAAGCUUCCCCCGAAGCAGCUGAGAACGGAGAGCAGCUGUAUGAGGCCGAGCCACAGAGUCAGGUCGACCAGCAGGAGGAGCUGUACCUGACGCCUGAGGAGACCAAAGCCGCAGACACGCAGCAGUACGAGUACAGCGAGGACCUCGGGGUGACGGCGGUGGCUCUGUACGAUUACCAAGCAGCUGGCGAAGACGAGAUCUCCUUCGACCCGGAUGACAUCAUCACCAACAUCGAGAUGAUCGACGAGGGCUGGUGGAGGGGCGUGUGCAGAGGCGCCUACGGCCUUUUCCCGGCCAACUACGUGGAGGUUCGGCAAUGAUGAGCCCUCCCCCUCGAGAUGACCCGUCUCCUCGUGCAGGAGAAGAGGAAGGAGACCAUUUCAAAUCCCUGUUGUUUUUAUCCUUUUCACACUUUCCUCUGUUCACAUCAUCUGAUGCUUCGACGCUGUGUGAGACGUCCUCAGGUCUCCUGUCCGCCUUCCUUUUACCCCCCCACCUCUGUCCCAUGUUCAGAUCAUGUCGCUCUGUGCAGCAGCAGACAAGGAGGAAGAGUCAUGUUCGACUGACUCGACACUAAGAGAAUAUAUAGAAAUCUGGCCACAAAGCUUAGCUCUGCUCUUCUGCUCUGGAGAAGCUUCAGCUCCGGGAAAGAGCUGAAGCUUCUCCAGUUCUCAGACGACUUUGCAAACAUUUCCCUCCGGCCUCAGCCACGAGCUGCAUUUUGUAGGUUGAAGGUUCUUUUCCUUCACAAGGUUUUGAUCAGGUGUUGUCGAUUCUUCACGUAAAGCCGCGUUCACACUACAUGAUUUUAAAGCCGUCAGAAUCCCUGUCGGUCUUGUCCUGGGCUUUGAGCCUGAGCUGCUCGCUCUCAUCUUUACAACAGUUUCACCUCCUCCACGAUCAGUCGGACUCUCCGUGUCUCUCCUCCUCUGUGUGUUCCUCAUGUUUGUGGACCCCCCCCCCGUCAGUCAGCCGUGUCGUGUGAACUCAGACCAACAGCAGGUCGUAGUGUGAACUGCUCUGUGAUGUGCAGAGUUUGAAAGUCAUGUAGUGUGAACUCUGCUUUAAAAAGGAAUUGAGUGAAGCCAGUGGAACGCGUCUUGUGCGUCUUGUCUUCACGGUUCAGUAGCUCGACCUUUAAUGUCAGCAGGAGCAGUCUCAAGUGAACUAAACCUCCACUCUGGAUUAUUCUGUAUAUUGAUGCUUGUAUUGUGUUCAGUGCAUUGACUGUGGACCAAAACACUGAUGACUCCUCUUGGUCUGUCUGGGAACCAUUUGCUGUGUUGCACAGGAGUUUAAAUUCCAGGUUGAAGCUGCACUUGUUGAUUUAUUGAGCUUCCUGCCGAGUGAAUCAGUUUGAUUAUGUUUGAUCAAUAACGAGGCUUCCUCCUUUACUGAUGCUUCAGGGGCCCAGCUGUCAAAUGACAAGCGAAACAGAAACACCAUAGUUCAUAGUAUUAUUUGAAUCAUCUUCAUACACUACAGGUUAAUUACUGAUGUUUAGAAUCGUGUACAGAGAGGUGAAGAGUUGUGAUGUUUUGAGAACGGUCGUGACGUGUUUUUGUGGAUGCUCCUGUUUUUGUGUAUGAUUUUAGAUGAGGAGUGAUGACGACUGACGUCCCUCAAUUUGACCAACCUGCAGAAAACAUCAGUUACGGGAAGAGGCCUUCAGUGUGUUCUCCACAAACACUAAUUAUGUCUGACAGACGACUCGUCUGCAGAUCGCAGUAGUGUAGCUUAAACAGGUGUGCGUGCGCGUGUGUGGGAGAGAGAGAACUUUCAUUGAAUUCAUCUUUGGGGUUUAAUAAUAAAAAGUGACCUUUUCAAAUGCAUUAUUUGUAUCUGUACCUCUGUUUGCUUGAGUCACUUCAUUACCUGCUUGUUCUUUUUUUUUAGUUUCAAUAAAUAAACUAUGAAUGAUAAAA